CCACGAUUGGUCGACGUCGUCGUUGAACAACAGCUCAGUCGCUUCCUUCCGCGCAUGACAAACUGGAAGGCCGAGACCAGCUGGGAAACUUGGUUCCAACUUCCACUUGUCAUCGCGACCAAUUUUCUCAUUCUGACAACUCUCGUUUUCCACCAUCCGUUCCAAGCGAGGAAACAAAAAAGAAAAAGGCCAAUCACUUCCCGCCCGGAGCAAUGUGUCGUUAGCCGUCGAGCUUCACCCUUCCCAUCUCCCACGGCCGCCCAUCAAAUCCCGUCAUUCUCGAACGUUGGCGCCUUGUUGAGCACGUCGAACGGCUGCUCGACCCUCGCCCUCCAUGGCCAUCGAUUCGACAACAGCCCAGAGCUAUAAGCAGCUCAAAGAGGACUUUGUCUCAAACCUGUCAGGAGGAUCCGUCUCGGAAAUCGCACAAGUCUGCGCCGUAGCACCUGUCGUUUCGCUCGUCUGGUCCGUCCUCCAAGCUCGACAAUCCUUUUUCAGGCCCUACACACCACUAGGCUAUGCCAUCGACUUUCUCCUCAACGUCGGCGCUCUCCUGCUCUCAGUGACGCUAUACUCCUCCGCGCCCCUGCUCCUUAACCUACUUCUCCUCACAGUCGCCGCCUUUGUCUAUCUCGUCCCCGCUCAUACCCGAAAGAAGAAGCCCCAGCUUCCUCCCAAUGCCCAGUCCAAGAAGAGCUCCUCGGAGCAACCGCUUGGGGUCCUCUCGACCAAGCCCUUCCUGACCAACUACCGCGGCAACAUGCUUAUCGUCACCUGUAUCUGCAUCCUUGCCGUUGACUUUCGUCUGUUCCCCCGCCGCUUCGCCAAGGUCGAGACAUGGGGCACUUCGCUGAUGGACAUGGGCGUGGGCUCCUUCGUAUUUUCGGCCGGCGUUGUCGCUUCACGGCCGGUCCUCAAGGAGCGCGCCGAGGGCAAGGCCGCACCCCUGAGCACCCGCCUCAAGACAUCGCUGCGCCACUCUCUGCCGCUCCUCGUGCUGGGCUUCAUCCGCCUGCUGAGCGUCAAGGGGCUGGACUACGCUGAGCAUGUGACAGAGUACGGCGUGCACUGGAACUUCUUCUUCACCCUGGGCUUCCUACCACCUUUCGUCGCGUUGUUUCAGUCCGCGCUCAAGGUUCUUCCCUCGUACGCUGGCCUGGCCCUCCUGUUGGGCGUGGUGUAUCAGGUGCUUUUGGAGACCACUUCGCUAAAGGCCUACAUCCUGACCGGACCGCGAAAUGAUCUCUUGUCUAUGAACAGGGAAGGCGUCUUCAGCUUCUUUGGUUAUCUAGCCAUCUUUCUUGCCGGCCAAGACACUGGCAUGCUCGUUCUUCCGCGGAGCUUGAGCCGCAGCAUCAGCGGCAGCAACAACAAGACUAGCGGCACCGUUCAACGUAGGUCUCUUCUGCUCAACAUGGCCGGUUGGUCCCUCGUCUGGAUAGCUCUCUACUUCUUCGCGACCGACUACAAGUACGGCUUUGGCCUGUCCGUGUCCCGCCGCAUGGCCAACCUGCCGUACAUGCUCUGGGUGGCCGCCUCCAACGCCGUCCUGCUUCUCGCCUUUUACCUUGUGGAUGCGCUGCUUUUCCCUUCCUUCUACAGCGCUCAAGAUGUCAAGACCGAAAAGGAGCUAUAUGACAUGGCAACGAGCAAGGUGCUGAGGGCGUAUAACCGGAAUGGGUUAGCCAUCUUUUUGCUGGCAAACCUGUUCACGGGACUGGUCAAUAUGACGGUGCCAACGCUUGAUGUCGGCCGGGUGGCGACGGUAGGGAUACUGGUUGCAUACAUGGGUGCUUUGACGGCGGUGGCGGUUGGGUUGGAUGAGUACAAUGUUACUAUCAAGCUGUGAGAAUAGUGUGAGGUGAUUGUCCGUGAGGUUGGUCACAUUUUGCGAUGCCCUCAAAAAUGAGGAAUCAGACUCAAUCGGACAACCCAUUCGACGAAAAUAAAUUAUCACCGUGGCCUCUGUAUAUGUCAUUUUGUGAGAGCCAUUGCUGGCAUGAUCUUUCUUAGACUAUCAAAUAAUUAAUGUUGGUUACUGUCGUGUAAAUUGGGUAAUCAACACUGCAAACGGAAGAAGCAGCUGAAUGCAAAGUUCACAUAGAUCCAGCUCUGGAUCGUUCGUUACUCUGGUACCAGACAUCUAUAGCUUUACUAAAUAUUGGAAAAGCGUUUGGCUUCCUAUCGGGUAGACGCUGUCAGAGUGAUACCUAUCUUCUGAUUUUGAAUGGCUUUGGAGGAGACGGAGAGAAACAUAACAGGACACCUAUCAUAGACUUCUGUAGCGUCAUGAACCCUUAC